AUGAUUUCAACAAUCGGCACAACAACAAUUCAAACAACUACAGCACCAAACUCGCUAGUUAUGAAUCCAACAUCUAUGUUAGUAGAGAUGAAAAACUUCAUUCCUUCUUCAUAUACUUUCGAAACAAAAAUCCAGAAGAUAAAGCAAGAACUUUUAACAAGUAAUUUAGACUGUAGUGCGAAAGAUGAAACAAAUGAACAGUAUCUUUAUGAAAUGCAGGACAUUAUUGACCAUUUACCCAAAUUGCCUGAAAUCCAACAACAAAAACUAACCAUUCCCGAAUUUGACGAAAUAGAAGUCAAAGCAACUGACUCAGUAGAAAUAAAGAAGUUCAUACGAAAGGUAAAUUAUGAAUUCCUUGGUUUUCAUUGCAACCAUAAGGUUAUGGACAAAGAUUGCGACAUGGUAUAUAAGAACAUCUCUGACCUUUACAAAUCCGAAGAAUUUAAGACCUACGACAACUUUGUUUCGUUAGUUGCAAAAUGUGUUUGGGAAAUAAGAGAUAAAGAUAGUAGGGGUAAGGUAUGGAACGAACAAAUAAAACCCGC